AUGAAAUCUGGAUGCUUAGUAGGGAGACAGUUUCGUAAAAGAAUAUGUCCUGAAACAAAGACAUCUCAGUUUAGCGAUAGAACAAAUGAGGUAUUCGAAAUGAAUCAAAUGGGUUCGGACAUAUGUGGAAAUAAACCACGCCGAAAUCCUCUCCUAGGCAUCAAUGACCCUAUGUGGAAAAAGCAAACGCGGGCAUUCACAAUGCAGGCUGAACAAGGAAUAUGGGAUAUUGGUGCUCCAGAACCAUCCAUGGUUAAGAAGCCACUUGAGAAAUCACGAUUUCAAGAGCGAUAUAAGAACCGUGUAUAUCCAUUUCAUAUCGAUUAUUCCGGUUCGUCUGAAUUGAAGGUAUCUUGGCACAAUGAUAUUGAACAAUGCCCAAUUAUUGAACUAAUGAAAGAUACGGUUGAUGCUCAAAUAGACAGCGAUCACUGGUCAAAUAUUGGCAUUUUAGUUUUUAAGGACCUUUUAAAACACAUGCCUCCCGCUAAGUUGGCGACAGCACUGCCUGGGUUUUCUUUAGAGUUCAGAAAAGCAAUGCGUCGAAAUAAUGAAGCAACUACCCGUCGAUUACUAUUGAUGCUCAGAGAGUUGGCCUUGGUGACAACAAGUCUUGGACCGGAAUUGGCCUGCUAUGCAUUUGACCUAUUUAACCACAGCCAACAAUGGCUGCAUUUCAAAAAGAGUGAAGUCGGAGAUUACAUCUUCUUUGGGCGUCCCACAUUCAAUGAAUUAUACGAUGAGCUGCAUACCAUGUUUGAAGUAAUUUCUGGACCCGAGAAGGAUCAAGCGGUUGCUGGUAUGAAACUCGCCAAUCCCAUUUACCAAAUGCCCUCAAGGUCGUUUGAAGCCCAAAAGUGA